AUGUCUGAAGAAGAUAAGAAGGACCCUCCCAAGUCUAUUGAGGACUUGAUGAAGCUUUUAUCUAUGGGGGAGUCGUUAACCGAACCCCAACAGAAACAAAUGAAAGACUAUAAAUUUUGGAAAACCCAACCAGUUCCUAGUUUUGAUGAAAAAAUUGAUUCCGAGGGACCAAUUGAUCAGACAAAAACACCAGAUGAUAUUCCUGAUACUCCAUUACCGUUACUCAAUGAGUUCGAAUGGAGCACAGUUGAUUUGGAAAAGACAGAUCAAUUAGACGAGGUUUAUAAGCUUUUGUAUGAGAACUAUGUUGAAGAUCAAGACGCAACUUUCAGAUUCAAGUAUUCUCAUGAAUUCUUUAACUGGGCUUUGAAGCCACCAGGAUGGCGUACAGAAUGGCAUGCCGGAGUUCGUGUUAAGGAAACAGGCAAAUUGGUGGCAUUCAUAGCUGCGAUUCCUAUCACUUUGAAGUUAAAUAAAUCCCAAAAGGUUAUUCCUAGUGUUGAAAUUAAUUUCUUGUGUGUGCACAAGAAAUUAAGAUCUAAAAGACUAGCACCUGUAAUGAUUAAAGAAAUCACCCGGAGAGUCAAUAAAUAUGAUAUUUGGCAAGCGUUGUAUACUGGCGGUGUCGUUUUACCAUCACCGGUCGCAACUUGUCGCUACACUCAUCGUCCGAUAAACUGGUCUAAAUUAUACGAUGUUGGAUUCUCCCACUUGCCGGCAAACCAGACCAAAUCUGGGAUGCUUGCUAACUACGCUUUGCCAAAUACCACUAAAACCCAAGGUUUGCGUUCCAUGAAGAUUGAGGACUUAGACCAAGUUUACGAUUUGUUACAUAAGUUUCAAGAAAAGUUUGACAUUGUUCAAGUUUUUGAAAAGGACGAACUUGCACAUUGGCUAUUGGGUGGUAAAUCAACAGACACGUCAUCUAACGUUAUCAAGUCGUACGUGGUUGAGAAUUCUGAAGGCAGUCUAACCGACUUCUUUUCAUACUAUUUAUUACCGUUCACGGUAUUGGAUAAUCCAUCGCAUGAUGAAUUAGGAAUUGCGUAUUUGUAUUACUACGCCUCCGAUACUGCCUUCAAAAAUGAUGAUGAAUCUGCCUACAAGCAAAGAUUAUCCUCUUUGAUGAGCGAUGCCCUCGUUACUUCCAAAAAAUACAAUGUUGAUGUUUUCAAUUGUUUGUCUUCGCAAGACAAUCCAUACUUCAUCAAGAAUUGUAAGUUUGGAAGUGGUGACGGUUUCUUGAACUACUACUUAUUUAAUUACAAGACAUGGCCUAUAACCGGAGGAAUUGAUCCCCAAACUAAAGAACUUGUUGAAGAUAAGAGUAGUGGAGUUGGUGUUAUUUUAUUGUAA